AUGCCCUCGGCCGGCGUGGAGAUCCUGGGCAUGAUCCUGGCGGUGGCGGGCUGGCUGGGGGUGAUGGUCGCCUGCUGCCUGCCCAUGUGGCGCGUGGUGGCGUACGUGGGCCAGAACAUCGUGAUGGCGCAGGUGAUCUGGGAGGGCCUGUGGAUGUCCUGCGUGGUCCAAAGCACCGGUCAGAUGCACUGCCGCAUCUACGACUCCCUGCUGGGGCUCGCCGCCGACCUGCAAGCCGCCCGCGCCCUCACCGUCACCGCCCUGCUGCUGGGCGUGCUGGGCAUCGCGCUGGCCGUGGCCGGCGCCCAGUGCACCAACUGCGCCCGCGACCCGGCCAGCAAGCCGCGGCUGGCGCUGGCGUCCGGCGCGGCGUUCGCGGGCGCGGGGCUGCUGGUGCUGGUGGCCGUGUGCUGGACGGCGCACGCCAUCGUGCUGGACUUCCACAACCCGCUGCUGGAGGAGACGCAGAAGAGGGAGUUCGUCAUGGCGGCGUUUGGUCUGGAGGUCCUCGGGGUGACCCUGGCGGCCAUCGGCUGGAUCCUGUCCAUCGUGUCCUGCUCGCUGCCCAUGUGGCGCGUGACGGCCUUCAUCGGCGUCAACAUCGUGACGGCGCAGACCAUCUGGGAGGGCAUCUGGAUGAACUGCGUGGUCCAGAGCACGGGUCAGAUGCAGUGCAAGAUGUACGACUCCAUGCUGGCGCUGCCCCAGGACCUGCAGGCGGCCCGCGCCCUCACCGUGGUCUCCAUCGUGCUGGGCAUCCUGGGCGUGCUGGUGUCCAUCGUGGGCGCCAAGUGCACCAACUGCAUCGAGGACGAGGCGGCGAAGGCGCGCGUGAUGAUCGCGGCCGGCGUGGCCUUCCUGUGCGCCGCUCUGUCGCAGCUGGUGCCCGUCUCCUGGACGGCGCACACCAUCGUCACGGACUUCUACAACCCGCUGAUCAACGAGCAGCAGAAGCGGGAGAUCGGCGCCGCGCUCUACCUGGGCUGGGCGGCGGCCGCCAUGCUGGUGGUCGGCGGGUCCAUCCUGUGCUGCUCCUGCCCGCCCAGCGCGCCCGAGAAGAAGUACAUGCCGCCCGGACGCAUGAUGUACGCGCCCAGCAGGUCCGUGGCGCACAGCGUGGCGCACACGCACGAGAGGAGAGACUACGUCUGACCCAGGGGGGGGGCCCCGCGCAACGGAGAGAGAGAGAGGGGGGCAUCUGGACGAGGAUGAAAAAGAGGGGAGUUAGUUUUAAAAAAAAAGAAAAGAAAGACCUUUUUUUGCUGCCUUCGAGGAGUUUUCGGAUUACGAGAGGGAAGGGACUGGGAUUCUUCUCGGGAUUGAAGAAUUGUGUAAAUAUUUUCUUGCCAAAGAGACUUGUGCCAAUCAUUGAUGAAAAGAGAGAAAAAAUUCGCACCCUUGCAUAGACUAGCUUUUGUUUUUGUACCGAAAAGUAGCCAUACUCUUUGAAACGCGUGGUGUGAAUUGAUUGAUGUUUUCCAGAUAUUUAUUGUAACUAGCUAUGACUCCAUGUGAAAAGUCAUUACACUGUUUUCAAUGCACUGUGUUUCAUCUAUGCGUAUACAGCAUGGGUGUGCAGUGCAGUGACUUGUGCAUUCCUUAACCUGACAUAUGAACCUUUGCACUGUUUGCUACACUUGAUGAGAAAUAUGCAUUUGUACAGAAAUAAACCCAUCAAUUUCACAACUUUAUUUAUAUUUGUUUUUUCUCCCCUUGAUAAGCAGAGCAUGUGGAAGACAAGGAUUUCUAAGCACCUCAUAAAUCAUUAAGUGAUUCUUAGAAUGAAUCACCCUCUUGGGUUGGCUUGUUUGGAUGAGAUUCCAAGCCUAGGAUAGUUACUCAUUUUCCCAGAUUGAUUGUUGACAUACAUAAACAGAUUUUUAAACUUAUCGCAUUUGGCUUUCCUCACAUUAGAUUAGACUGCAGCAAAAUAUGUAUUUUAUCUUCAUUAAUUAGCCAGUUAAGAGGCUCUCUGUCAGUCAAGUUCAUUCUCCUUAGGUUCUUCAACCCACAAUAUUCUGCUGAAUCAACUAAGAGUGUGUUUUUUUACCAACUGUGUUAUGUCGGACACUAUUUUAAUCCUCCUGAAUACAA